UACGAGGAGAGAGGUCGCUGCUACCUGCUCUCUGCCCCCGGGCCCCACGCCCUGCUCCUGGUGACCCAGCUGGGCCGGUACACUGCCCAGGACCAGCAGGCUGUGAAGGCCGUGCGGGACAUGUUCGGGGAGGGCAUCCUGAAGCGAGUGGUCGUCGUCUUCACCAGGAAGGAGGACCUGGGCGAGAGCUCUCUGCAGGAUUACGUGCGCUGCACCGACAACCAGGCCCUGCGGGAGCUGGUGGCCGAGUGCGAGGGGCGGGUCUGCGCCUUUGACAACCGAGCCACUGGCCGGGAGCAGGAGGCCCAGGUGGAGGAGCUGCUGGGGCUGGUGGAGGGCCUGGUGAGGGAGCGCGGGGGCGCCCACUACACCAACGAGGUGUACGACCUGGCGCAGGCCCUGCACUGGGCGAGCCCGGAGGAGAGACUCCGGAGGGUGGCGGAGACGGUGGCGGCCCGCGUGCAGAGGCCCAAGGGAUCCUGGCUGCUGGCCAGGCUGCGGGAGUGGCAAAAGUCCCCCAAAAGCGGCUGGUUGCACAGCCUGACCUUCCUGCUGGGGUGCGUGCUCCUGUUCUGUGAGCUGCUCUUCAGACGCAGGCGUGACUUGACUGAGGACUUUGUUGGGGUCAAAAUUGACAAUUAUGACAUUAAAUAG